GUAGUGAUAGGUGAUAAACGGAAAAGCAUGGUCGCCAAUGAAAUGAAGGAGUAGAAUAAAUGUUAGGAGAUAAAAAAGAAAGAAAGAAAAGAAGUUGUCAGGUGACAGAAGCAGCUUUAUCUUCUUUUUCUGAGGUCGCUUCCAUCGCCUUUGAUAGUAAUGAUUCCUGAGGGCUGAGGCUGAGGCAAAGCUACCAUUUUAAAUGCCUCUUUCUGUGUGUAUGUAAAAUCUUUGUUUCGCAGAAAGUUGUGUCUCAGAUCCCUAUAUACACCCAAAACGAUACCAUACAAUACAACCCAUUAGCCUAGCCUGGUCCAAUGCAAGAACCCACCCUCCGGAUGAUGGCCGCCGAUCACCACCGCCAGCUCAAGGCGGAGAUAGCCACUCAUCCGCUCUACGACCAGCUUCUGGCCGCACACGUCGCCUGUCUCCGAGUGGCCACUCCCAUCGACCAGCUUCCACUCAUCGACGCUCAGUUAUCUCACUCUCACCAUCUUCUCCGCUCUUAUGUCUCUCAACACACCCACGCUCUCUCCCCCAACCAUCGCCAAGAACUCGACAACUUCCUCGCACAGUAUUUGAUUGUUUUGUGUACUUUCAAAGAACAGCUUCAGCAACACGUCAGAGUCCACGCCGUCGAGGCUGUCAUGGCCUGCCGUGACAUCGAAAACACCUUACAAGCUCUCACAGGAGUGAGUUUGGGAGAAGGAACUGGUGCAACAAUGUCAGAUGAUGAAGAUGAUUUGCAGAUGGAUUUUUCUUUAGAUCAAUCUAGCGCUGAAGGGCAUGACAUGAUGGGAUUUGGUCCGUUACUUCCAACAGAAUCUGAAAGGUCACUGAUGGAAAGAGUUCGUCAGGAACUAAAGAUUGAGCUGAAACAGGGUUUCAAGUCAAGAAUUGAAGAUGUCAGGGAAGAAAUAUUGAGAAAACGUAGAGCUGGGAAAUUACCAGGUGACACAACUUCGGUGUUAAAGAACUGGUGGCAACAACAUGCAAAGUGGCCUUACCCAACUGAAGAUGACAAGGCAAAACUUGUGGAGGAGACAGGGUUGCAGCUGAAACAAAUCAAUAAUUGGUUCAUCAACCAAAGGAAACGCAACUGGCACAGUAACUCUCAAUCGGUUACCUCUUUGAAGUCGAAGCGCAAGAGAGUGUAGUGCCACUAAGGAUUCAAGUCAGAUGCAGAAGAUAGUAGAGAUGGGUUAAUUACUGUAAUGUAAGGUAGCUGAAAAAAUAUGGCUGGCUGUAAAUUUGUGGAAUUUAACGUAUGCAAACUUUUCUGUUUUACUAGGUGUGGUUUCCUCCCUUUCUUUUAACUGUCUGUAAUUAAAUUGUUUGCUAUUUUUCUGACCGGCGCAAGAAGUUUUACUAUUACUACACACAUGAUUGAAAGUUUCGCGCUUCUUUUUA